UGUUGUAAUGAGCCAAACUCCAAUGCGGUUCUUCUUUUUCUCCCCCUCCUCCCAAAUUCCAACCCAACCAUUCCCACAGAACACUGCAAGUUUUAAGACCCUGGUUGAAAUUGGAUUAUGAAUCAUCUCAGGUCUUGCAUGUAAGUAUGAGAUAAUAUAUAUGUGAUGCAGCCAAGGAUGACUUGCCGGCGGCUACUACUUCUCUUGUUUAUAGGUACAUAAAAUUUUCAUCAAAUGUGACAACUUUGUUUCUACCCAUGCUCUGCAAUUUUAGCAAGCAAGAGAAACAAGGAGCCUUCUGUUAUGCACACUGAAAUUAACUAGAAGAAUGAAAACACUGAUUUAAUUUGUUUUGCGAUUGAGUGAGAUCCAAUUCCAGAUGAUCCAAAAGUUUAUGUGUGUGGUAGAGAUAAUUGGCAAGUUGUCCAUGGCUACAUGUCUAUCUCAUGUUUACAUGUUAGAUCAAUGAUGAUAAUGAUAAUGGAGAGGGAAGAAGCCCAGAUUGAAUGAUGUACAUGGCAGUAAGUUUUCUCAUUUUUGCUUCUAUAAAAAUCCCAACUCUCUCAUUUGUGCUUUUUUGCAAGUACUUUCUGACAAAAUGAUCCCAUGUUUUUUCUUUUUCAUUUUUUGAUCAAAUCCCAUGUUUUUUUGUUGAUUAUAUGGCAUUUUCAUGGUGUUUGUUAUAUAGAUGAUGGUCAAUUUUUAUUUUAUUUUCCCCAAUUAUAAAGAUUUGUGAAGUAGUGCAGGUCCAAAACAGCAAACAAAUUUCUACUUGUCAAGAUUUCACUAAGCAGGAAGUCCUGUAUCUCAUGACAUAUUGCUGCUUCUUCCUUCCUUUUGAAGUUUAGAGCCAAGAGGUAAGGUUUUCAGGUCCAUUUGAUUAGGCCCUGGAGCUGUUUGCAUUGCAUGUAUUCAUGGGAAAUUUGGACUUGCUGUCAUUGCCAAGUUGCCUUGGGCCUAAUGGCGCCUUUUUCUUGACAUACAUUUUCAACCUAAAAGACAACAUAUUACAUAUGUUUAAACCCUAAGCCACCAAACCCACUAAAACAGUGACAGCAUUCUCCACAAGCAUUUCAGAUCAUGCCUUUACUUAGCAGUGACUUAAUCAUAUUCCUGAUUGGCCAAUUUCCUAUGACCCUGGCAUGUCACCAAGGGAAAAUUAGUAGCACAAAAUUUGCACAAAGCCUUGUCCUAAUGUCAUGGCAUUAUCUGUUCAUUGUUGGAGUUGGCAGAAGGCUCUUUGUUCAGAAUUAAAUAUUGAGCAAGUGAGAGCCGGUGGGAUUGCCUUUGUCACUAAACUCCAGCUUUACCAGUGAGAUGUCAUCAUUCAGCCUAUCACAGGCUUACAUAUGGCAUGCCCAGGAGAAGCAUACAUACGCAAGGCAAGGCAUUGAAACCCAACAUACAAAUUACUAUAAAUGCAUGCCUUCCCCUGUAUCUAUCUCCACAGCAAUAUCAUCAGUCUAUCAAGUACACAGUACAAUUUCAAAACUCCCUACACUUUCAAAGAGAAAAACUAAGUAAGAAAAAUGAAGGCAGGAGGAGCAGUUGAUGCUACUGAUAAAGAAGCCUCAAAACCCAUCCCAAUCCCAAAAGUAAGGGUGAGCAGAGUGCUCUCUGUUCUAGACUUCACUCUGCGGGUAGUUGCAGCCCUUGGAACAUUGGCAAGUGCAAUAGCUAUGGGAACCAGCCGGGAAACGCUUCCCUUCACCGCGCAGUUUGUUCGAUUCAGGGCUCGUUACAAGGAUCUUCCCACGUUAACGUUUUUUGUGAUUGCCAACUCAAUUGUAUGUGUCUACCUUGUGCUUUCUCUUCCUUUAUCCUUUGUCCAUAUCAUCUGGACUGCAGCCAAAAACAGCAGGAUCGUCUUGAUCAUCUCUGACACGGUGAUGAUGGGGCUUUUAACUGCUGGAGCUUCAGCAGCAGCAGCCAUAGUGUACCUGGCACAUUAUGGCAACUCCAGCACCAACUGGUUUGCAUUUUGCCGGCAAUUCAACAGCUUCUGCGAGCGCAUUUCUGGGUCUCUCAUCGGCUCCUUUGUUGCCAUAACUGUACUUGUACUCCUAAUCAUCAUGUCAUCUGUGGCAAUCUCUCGACGUUGAUGUGCUGCUGGGUUUGUAAGUGUGUGAUAUGAAAAAAUUUGCUACUAGUAUCUUUCAUUUACACAACAACAUAAAAUGUACGUUCUGUAUAUUUAUUUAAAGCAAAUCUGCAAUAUCUUGUUACA